GAACAAAAGUUCGGUGUCAAAACUAAAUUACUCGUGGCGUAAACGUAGGCGAUUAUUCUUCGGUUAGCUUUCACUCGUUUCACACAAAUUAAUUGUGGUGCGCGCGAAGAUGAAUCUAUCAGUCAGCAUGCCGAUUGUGUGCGUUCUGCUCGUGACUCUGCUGUCGGAGACGGCGCACGCCAGGCCGCCACAGUUGGUUAUGAGGCCGAAACGCCUUUCUGAUCAAAGACUCGCCGAAAUCGAGACACUUUUAGCGCUGGAAAAAGUGAAGGGUUACGUGGUUCCCGUAGGACUUGGAAUAGUGGACCCAGCUAAGUUAGGCCGUAAAAGGAGAUCCAUCUCGGAGAACAAUCCUCCAAAAUUACAACAUUUCGUACUACUCAUUACUCGUCCAGGCUCGGAAUCAACCGUGGACCAAUCUGAUUAGAUUCAUCCCUUAACGUGGAAGGCGGAUUCGCGGGAGGAGCAAAGGGACUCUCAGUUGAUUUAAUUCAUAGGGUAGCUCAAGAAUGAGGCGAAAGUUAGGAAAGAAAAGCAGAAGACGAGACAACAUUGAAGAAGGAAAGGCGUGCUAGAGAGAAAGAGAAAGAGAUAGUGAAAUAGGGAAGAGGGAAGUGUAGUAUAAUUAAAAAGACACGCACACACAUACACACGCGCACGCACGCACGCAUACACGAACAUUUAAUUUGAUCUCUCAACCGUGAUCCGUCGACAGCGCACUACUACGGACUAGCCUCCGUCCGAGAGCUUCCAAUUUACUUAUUAAUUUACGUCUUACCUAAAAAAUAAGUAAUCUAUCGACGAGCAUAGGAAAUGUACGUUACACGCGUAACGUGCUUAAGACUUGAACGGUAACAG